UCUGGUCAUGAUUCUAUGGUAAAACGUGAACAAAAAAUGUGUUUCAGAAAACUUGAAUUUGAACUGACCUAGCUUUCUCAAGUCAAUAACUCAUCGUGCCUUUUGUUAAUAGAAAUUAAUAUUUAUUAAAAGAUUGGAAGCAUAAAAAGAGAUGAUUAUGAUCAAAUAUUUAUUAAUUCAAAACUAUAUGAAUUCUAUUAAAACCUUCUUUAAAACAAAAUUUCAUUAGGGAUGCUAAAAAAGAAGGCAGACAAAAUUGUAUUUUUUUGAGCUCAUAUCUAUAAACCCUAAGAUAUAUAGUUUCCUUUUUAAUCAUUUACAGAAGCAAACAUAAAAACAUAAGUUAUUUGGCUUUUAGCCACCUUAAUUUCUAAAUUUCUAAUUUGGAUCAAUCAAACAGGAGUCAUACUGAGAUGAUGCAGACAUUCAAGAUAUGGACAUAUAAGGAAGGUGAUAUUCCCUUGAUGCAUAAUGGUCCGAUGAAAAGUAUAUACAGUGCCGAGGGUCAUUUCAUCGAGGAAAUGGAGAGAAACGGAAACCCUCUCGCGGCUAAGCACCCUGAUGAAGCUCAUGCUUUUUUUAUCCCCAUAAGUGUAGCCAAGAUUGUUCACUACCUCUUCACACCUGCAGAAGCCUAUGGUUUUCUAGAACGGAUGCAAACCAUAUUCGAAGACUACAUUGACAUCAUUUCACAAAGGUACCCGUAUUGGAACCGCAGCAAUGGAGCUGAUCAUUUCUUUGUUUCUUGUCAUGAUUGGGGGCCAAUUGUUUCGCGCAACAACCCUAAACUCUUUGAAAAUCUCAUAAGAGUGCUUUGCAACGCCAACACUUCCGAAGGUUUCAUUCCCAUGCGAGAUGUUUCCAUGACAGAGAUUAACGGGCCAUACAACAGUAUCCCAAAUGUGAGUGGUGGCCAAUCACCUCAUAAUCGGUCGAUCUUGGCAUUUUUUGCUGGUGGAAACCAUGGUGUUGUACGAAAUAAGUUGUUCCAACACUGGGGAAGCAAUGAAGACAAUGAUAUACAGGUUUACACUUACCUUCAAGAAAACCAAAACUACACUGAGUUGCUAAGUGGAAGUAAGUAUUGCCUAUGCCCAAGCGGUUAUGAAGUUGCAAGUGCUAGGAUAACUGAAGCAAUCUACGUGGGAUGCAUCCCUGUCAUAAUAAAGAAUCAAUAUGUUUUACCAUAUAGUGAUGUGUUGGAUUGGAGUCAGUUUUCUGUGCAAGUACCCGUAACGAAGAUUCCAGAUCUCAAAAGAAUUUUGGAGGAUAUACCUUUUUCAAAGUAUUUAGAAAUGCAAAAAAGGGUAUUGGAAGUACAAAAACACUUCACGGUUCACAUUCCAGCCGAAAAUUUUGAUGUUUUUCACAUGAUUCUUCAUUCUGUUUGGCUAAGAAGAAUUAACAUUCGGUUACUAAAAUUUUGAUGAAAACCAGCUGAUCAUAAUUGUAAUGUUUUAAAUGUAGUUCGCAAUGGAAGUAUUUACUUUUGAUGUUAACAUCAUAAAUUAAGUUUGUACUGCAAAAAAGGGCUAUUUCCCACAACCACACCUGUCAUUUU